CGUUUCGGUUUCUUGUUCCCGUGGAUGCUUUGCUCUUGCCGCCCGCCUCUCUCGAUCGUUCUACAGGACAGCACAGGGGACCGACAAGGAGACCAGCACGCGCAGUACACGGCUGCCGACUUGCGGGGAUAAUACUACUGCACACAAGUAUAAAGAUUUGAUCUGGUCCUGAUUUCAAAGCCGGGUCUCGUCUCUGUCCUGUCCAUUCAAUCCAGUUUCGUCGUUCGUCGCGAGCAGGGCCUAAAUCGCCGGAUUGCUUCGUCGCCAAUCAAUCAAUCAACCGGCUCGCCUCUCGUCGACCGACACCGACCAAGCCCGGCCGGCCGGCCAUGGUGGUGCGGGGCCAGCAAGAUCUGGACGCCAACAUCGUCCGCUGGGGCCUCCACCACCUCCUCGACGGCGGCGGCGGCUGCGUGCACCGCCCUCAAUCCCCCACCACCGACUACGCCCCGCCGCCGCCGCAGCCGCAGCGCGCCCGCGCCCUUCUCGACGGCCACGACAUGGCCCCCGCCCCCGCCUCCGCCUCCGAGGUCAGGGUCGACGAGGUCAUCGCGCACGCGCUGCAGGAGGAGCUGGCGCAGGUCGCCAUGGCCGAGGCCUCGGGGGCCGGCGGCGGCGAGGCCGAGCGCCGCGCCACCGUCCUCGCGCAGCAGUGGUUCCGCCCCGAGGUCGUCAGCUAUCUGCCCUCAGCUCCACCUUAUGUAGAAGAAGCAGAGGGCUCCAGUCCAUGUUCGAGCCCCGAACAAGGUAGCAAUGCGCGCGACGGCCAGGGCUGCUCCAUAGAGCUUGUGGAUGAUUUCUCUGCUCUCGACGGCGAAGUCGGCAAAAGACUGAAUGACAUGGUCCCUGUCCCUCAUGUCCCUAAAACAAACGGAGACAUUCCUUCUUUUGAUGAAGCCUUUUCAGAUCACCGAAGACUUCUUGACAGGUUGGUGCUGUAUGGCCUGGUUGAGCUCAAGGUUAACGGAGAUGGCAAUUGUCAGUUUCGAGCAUUGUCCGAUCAAUUCUACCGAACUCCUGAACACCAUAGAUUUGUACGGCAACAAGUGGUCAAUCAGCUUGAGUCUCAUCCUGAGAUAUAUGCUGGAUAUGUCCCUAUGGAUUACAGAGAAUACCUUAAGAAGAUGCCAAAGAAUGGAGAGUGGGGUGACCAUGUUACACUGCAGGCGGCUGCAGACUUGUAUGGUGUAAAGAUUUUCAUUCUGACAUCAUUCAGAGAUACAUGCUACAUUGAAAUUCUCCCAGUCGUUCAAAAAUCAAAUAGAGUUAUAUGUUUGAGUUUUUGGGCUGAGGUGCACUACAACUCGAUAUAUCCAGAAGGAGAGUUGCCCGUCGUGGAGAACAGAAAGAAGAGCUUGUUGGAUCGACGGUCGUUUUGUUCGACCAUGUGAUUACGAGGGAUCCGAGGAGCUGCGAUGCCGUAGGAUCGAUGAGGAGAUUGACUGACAGUUAGUUUGUACAUAAGUAUAUAGCAGUAUCUGCAGGGACGAAAGUGUUGACUGGGUCUGUGAUAUGUGAUGUGAACAUUUGUUGUAGUACCUAAUAUAUCUAUAUACAUCACUUAUUUUUCUAGGAGUGGUUAUGUCAA